AUGCGUGGAGAAUUUUCUGUUCGCAGUCGCGGCAUGGAUUUUUCCAUGGAUUUUAUUUAUAUCAUACAGAGCUUGAGCUGUGGUUGCUUGAUCGCUUGGGCGCAUGUAGCACGGGCUUCAUAA